AUGUCUAAAUUCGAAGUUUUACAGGACUUAACAGAUGAUAUAGACUUUGAUGAAUUAUCAUCGUCAGAAAUUGUAUCCUUAGAAGAAGAAUCUAAUAAUGGAUCAUCAGAAGGGAGCGACGAGGAAUUAUCCAAAAAUAAAUCAGGUUUAAUCAAAAAAACUAAAAUUAAGAAAGAAAUAAUAAAUGAUGACUCGGAUGCUGAACAAUCGUAUGAGCGUAAGCCUCGAAGGCCUGAAGAUAAUUCAUGGCGUACGCAAAAAGCGUCAGUUAGGCUUCCUAUAAAGUUACCGAAUG